UCUCAUACCCAACCCAGUUUCUUUCCCGUUGGCGGCAUUCUCCAUUUUAGAACCCCAAAUUCAGAAAGAAUACGGAAGUUUCACCAAAGCACCAUCCAUACCAAGAAAAGGUUGAUUAUUAGUCAUGUUUCCCUUUGUCUGUUUGGUGUUGUGCCCUUCUUAUGUGUUAUUGGUGUUUUGGUGAUUUCUUAUGAGGUGGGCUUGGAAUUGUUAUGUGCCAAUUUCUCACAACAAUGGUUGGUGACUGCUGAUUUGAACUGCGAUUUUGGUUCUUUUGUGGCUUGCAUAACAUUUGGUCAUAAUCAAGAAGUGGACCACAAUGGCAAGUAGUGUUGGCACUUCACCUCUACUUUUUCUAGUUGGCAUUAGAAGUCAGCCUGAAGCUGAUGUUAAGCGUAAUGGACCAAACAUUGUUGGGCUGAAACCCUUACCAUAUAACAUCAGAAAAGGAGAACUUAAGACUGCUACAUUGCAGAGUUCAUCAUAUACUAGACGUGCAGCUGCUUUGAAUACUAAAUCUGCUGCAGCUGCAAGUGCAUCCCAGACCCUAACACGCAAUGCUCGGACAAUGACUAUAACACCUGACAAAGUGAAGUCCCCUAAACUUGAUAACAACGGACCUGGUUUGCCACCUCGAGACGAUGAUGGAAAUGGUGGUAAUGGAGGAGGCGGAGGUAAGUUUUCAGGUGGUCUCCACCUUUUGGGUAUUCUUGGUGUGCUUGAUAUUCUAAAGGACAUUGAGAAACAAUGGCAAAGAAAACACAAGAGAUGAUCUUCAAAAUCAGGAUUCAUACGGUAAGAUUGAAAUUACUUUGCAAAUCUGAUGCAAACUCCUACUUUACAACAGAGACAGUGUAGGGAUUUAUUUUCUUCAAGUAUACAAGCAACUUGGAAUACUUCAAAUGCUUAUAGAAAUUAAUUACUGAGGAAUGGCUUUAUGAUUUUUUUAUGAAGGUUUAUAAAGAUAGAAUGACUAUGAGUAGAAUUUCGAUUCAAUAUUACGAUUUUACCUCGAAA